CUUAAAAUUUUUUUGUUGCAGAUGUGGUGGCUGCGUUUGAACCAGAUUUCCUGUACCCCCUGGAAAAUUUGACAGUGGCCCAAGGCCGUGAUGCAACAUUCACUUGCAUCGUCAAUAAUCUGGGUGGAUAUAGGGUGAGUGGGGAUCUCACCACUGCAAGGGUCGCUUGGAUAAAGGCUGAUACAAAGGCAAUAUUAGCUAUCCACGAGCACGUUAUUACCAACAACGCACGAUUAUCUGUUACACACAACGACUACAACACAUGGACGUUGAAUAUAAAGGGCGUGAAGAGAGAGGACAGGGGACAGUACAUGUGCCAAGUCAACACUGAUCCCAUGAAAAUGCAGACCGCCUACCUGGAGGUGGUCAUCCCCCCGGACAUCGUCUACGAGGAGACCUCGGGCGACAUAAUGGUGCCCGAGGGCGGAUCGGCGAAGCUGCAGUGCAAGGCCCGCGGGCAGCCGCAGCCGCGCGUCGUGUGGCGACGCGAGGACGGCGGGGCGAUCCUGGUGCGAGGCGGGCAGGGCGGGCCGGGCGGGCGGCCGAUGUCGGUCGAGGGCGAGACGCUGACCUUCACGAAGGUCACCAGGUCGGAGAUGGGCGCGUACCUGUGCAUCGCGGCCAACGGGGUGCCGCCCAGUGUCAGCAAGAGGAUGAUGCUGCACGUGCAUUUCCACCCGCUGAUCCAAGUCCGGAACCAGCUAGUGGGCGCCCCUGUAAACACCGAUGUCACCCUGCAGUGUCACGUCGAGGCGUCGCCGAAGGCAAUCAACUUCUGGACCAGGGAGAGCGGUGAGAUGAUCAUAUCAAAUGACAAGUACUACAUGACGGAAAUCAACAAUUCCUACUACAGUGUGCAGAUGAAGCUGAUCAUCAGACAUUUCCAUGGAUCAGACCUGGGCGGAUACAAGUGCAUAUCGAAAAAUUCAAUAGGAGAUGCCGAAGGCACUAUUAGACUUUAUGAAGUAGAAAUUCCAGAACGUGUAGACGUAGCUGAAGAGACUGAAGAUGAGACCGACGAGAGCACCGAGAACUCGGAAAAACGUCUGUACAACGGCUUCCAAGGCCCUCUCACCGAAAUCGAACAGAACAACGUGACGCCGAACGACAACGCGACGGCGUGUUCUUUAGCCCGAAUGCAGAGGCUCUACCCCGUUCUGCUGAUAUUGCUUCAAUUCUACUGA